GUACUACAUAUUCAAAAGACAGGUGUCUUAAAGACAAUGGACAGAGCCCCUUAUCCACAAUCUGAAAAUACCAACGUUCCAAAAGAGAGGAAAAAAAGAAAUCCUUGACUACACCGCCUGCUGCCAUUAAUGGCCAUCACGUCUUCAUCUGCGAACCUGAAAACACCUCUUUCCUCGGCUGAACUCGGCACUUCCCAUCCUCCACAAACUAUUCUCUCAUCAAAAUCUUUCUCCUUACCUUCAAAACCCAAUACCCAAAUCGAAAUAAGCUCUAGCAACAAGGACAAGCUUUAUGCCUCUGCUGAUUCUUGGAAAUGGAGAACCAAAGUUUCCUUCUUUCAGGGCUUUUUGAUAAAGGAAAAAGACGUUAAGAGCCUUAAAGAGGAACUUCUUGACGCCAUAGCUCCCCUUGAUCGUGGAGCUGAGGCUACACCAGUGGAUCAAGAACGCGUUGAUGAGAUUGCUUGUAAACUGGAGGCAGCGAAUAAGGUGAAGGAACCUUUGAAGUCUAAGCUGUUGAAUGGAAAAUGGGAGCUUAUAUUUACAACAUCUCAAUCAGUUCUUCAAACAAAGAGGCCAAAGUUGUUAAGACCAAAUGGAAAAAUCUACCAGGCAAUUAAUGUGGAGACUCUAAGGGCUCAAAACAUGGAAACUUGGCCAUUCUUUAAUCAGGUCACUGCUAAUUUAGUACCUCUAAAUUCAAGAAGGGUGGCUGUUAAAUUUGACUUCUUUAGAAUUGCUGGUCUGAUACCUAUUGCGUCGCCUGGAAGUGGCCGUGGUCAGUUGGAAAUCACAUACUUGGAUGAGGAGUUACGAAUUUCCAGAGGUAAUAGAGGAAAUUUGUUCGUUUUGAAAAUGGUGGAUCCAUCCUAUAGAGUCCCCUUCUAAGGUCAUCGCUAUCGCUAUUGAAUAUAACCAUUGAAGUAAAAUUGUAUAAUAAAA